UAUUAAUAUCUGAGUUAAUAAAGAAAAGAAUAGAAUAGAAUGUAAAAAAAAAAAAAAAUCCUCUGGCGAUUGGCGAUGGCGAUAGCAUUCAAGGCCAAGGGUAUCGAUGGCCAGCCAUGAAUGGGAACCGGGGGCUCGGGAGUUUCGCGUGAAUCGUACGAGAUUCAGUCGAAUUGAAAAGUAUGAGGGAUUUGAUGGAGAUUGAUAUGUUCAAAAUAUCAAUUUGAGAUCUAACGAGAUUUUGAAGACGGGGUUUUCGAUUGGAGAUCGGGAUGAAGUUAACAUAGAGGCAUCGUGGACAAGACCUGCAGAUCGGAAGAGGAUUCCUGAAGAUCAAUUACGAGAUCUACACUCUUUAAAACGAAAUCUCUGAUAAUGGCUUGGGGAAAAGUCAAUAUUAUGCAAUAUUAUGGCUUGGUCUCUGGAUACGGUUUCUAUAGAUGGUUCACGGGAUUGUAUGGAUACAUGUUGUGCGAUUGUGCGAAACAUGUUGGAAGGAUCUGGGUCAACUGGUUGGAGCGAAUGGUGAUGGGAAAAUUGGUGGAGGCAACCGAAAGAGGCUGAAGAUUUCUGUUCCACAUUUCGAUAACUCUGACCUCAUUAAGAGUUAUUCCAAAACCUUGAUCGGAAGGAGUAUGAAUCCAAGGAAGCAAGAUAUCUCGUCCUUGCUGGUGAUGCUACCAAAGAUAUGGAAAGUGGAGGAGAGGGUAGCAGGCACAGAUUUGGGAUUGGGAAAGUUUCAAUUCCACUUCGACAACCAUAUCAUUUCGACUUUUGGAUGAUAGCCUUGGACCGAUGGUAACUAAGGAUGGCGAGAGAUUUUCCUUCGGUGAUCCCAUUUUGGAUCAAGAUCGUAGACGUCCCCACAUAAUUCUGGUCAACCUCUACUUUUCAUAGCAUUGGUGAUGCGAUUGGUGAAACCACAGAUGUGGAUCUUUAUGAUG